AUGUCGUCUGCAGCGAUGAGCGUGGACGCUUUUCAUGAUACUUCACUUCACAUUGGAGAUGUGAUAUCACUGUAUGCGGAAGAACGUGGACGAUGUUCUGAAGAUCGCUCGGAAGAACGUUGUACUCCAAGAAUUGGUUUUUUAUCAACACUUGGUCUUGUUGACGACAGAUGCAUUGUUGAAAUUGGUAUUGGAACGCCGGAUUCUCCGCCAAAAAAAUUUCGAGUCAACCGAUACGCAGCACAAAAACAAUUUUGGACUGAGCACAAAAAGUUUUUUAUGGGUGAAUCACUCUUUGAAGAAGAACUGCUAAAAAAACUGAAAGUUGCUGCGGAUAAAGAGAAAGAACAGAAUGACAUGGAGUACAAAAAGAUGCUAGGCGUGAGUGUAAGAUAUGGCGGCACAAUUCAGUUGCUGCAUGUCAAGUCAGACAAGUACGUAACAGUACUAAAAAAUUCACCGGCAAGACAGGAGCGAAAUGCAAUGAAAGUUUAUCUGGACAAAAAUGGCAAUGAAGGUUCAUGGUUUUACGUAGAACCUGUAUACAAGCAUUCCUUUCUUGGUGACAAUGUAAAUGCUGGUGAUAGAAUCAGCUUAGUACCAUAUUCACAUGGCCCUAUGGCAAAAUCGAUUGGACAUAUUAAACCUCAGUUACAUUUAUCUCAUUUCAACUUGCCCGAUCAUCCUAGUGGAAAUGAAGUGAACUGCUUGAACGAACCUACUGGAUGGCAAGUUUUGAUGUUCUUGCAGUUUGAUGAAAAUGAAAAAACUGUAGUAAAAUCUGGCGAUGUUGUGCGACUUUUUCAUGCUGAACAACAAACAUUUUUAACUUUGGAUACUGAACCGAAGAAAAACAAAGAUGUUGUAUUUCUACGUUUAACAAAUCGCCCAUCUGCCGCAGAUGCAACUUCUUCACGAGCUUUAUGGGAAGUUCAGGUUGUUCAGACUGAUUCAUAUCGUGGUGCACCAGCAUCCUGGCUUGAAAAAUUUCGUUUCAAGCAUUUAGCCACCGAUAUGUAUUUGAGCGUCGAACAAAUAAAUUCAGAUAACACUAUCAUUUUAACUCUGAAAGCAGUCGCAGAAGCAGAAUAUGGUGCUGAUAAAAAGUAUUGUUUGGUACCGAAGUCAUCUGACCAACCAGAAGUGGAUGAAUCCUUGCUUUUUGUUUUGGAUCCAUGCACUUUCACUAAAAUGGAUUCUCGGAUCCCACAACGAACAUAUGUACGUCUAUUGCAUUUGUGUACAAAUACUUGGAUUCAUACAACCGAUCCUACUGAAAAACAAAAUUUGUAUCACUUUAACAAAAAUGAAAAAGGUUGGGUGAAAGUUAUCAGUGAAGGUUUCAAAAUUGACAAAGAAACAUUCGCAUUACUUCCUGUUCCUCCAGACGAAGUUCGAGACUUAGAUUUUGCGAAUGAUGCUUGCAAAGCAUUACAUAGUUUUGUUGAAUUGAUUAAAAGUGGAAAUAUCAUCUCCAAAGAACCUAUGAAUGUUACUAUACAGUUGAUAACAGAAUGCAUAUAUUUUGUGACUAAUCAACUGAAUCAUAUGGUUGAUCCAAUUAAAAUUGUUGAUUUCAAGCCAUUAAGGGAUCGACAAAAAUUGCUUCGAGAACAAGGUGUCCUUGACCAGAUUUUUGCUUUGUUACGAGUACCAUUUUUGUCUAGAAAUGGAAAUGAUUCAAAACCUUUGUUAGAUUCACCACGUAUGCUCAGUGAUCGGGGAAAUGAAGUUUUGAAACGGAUUUUUCAGCUUUGUUAUUCAUUACUUCGGUACUCUCAAGUAGGUUAUCGGAAAAACCAAGAGCAUUUAGCAGAAAAUUUUGGUCAAAUACAAGAACAAAUUGGAUUUGAUUUGCUUGCAGAAGACACAAUGACUGCUGUCCUUCAUAAUAAUUCAAAACUUUUAGAAAAGUAUGUAAAAAAUCCGCAUGUAGAACGUUUUGUAAAACUUGUUCGGGACAACAAAUCUGGUAGAUAA